AUGGCAAAUGUGAAUCAAGAUGACGACGAUGCUGCUCAAUUAAAAUUUCCAAAAGAAUUCGAUAAAGCUGAACCGAUGAUGAUCUCGGAAGUUUUGUUAUUGCUCGAAGAACGUCGAAAGCAGCAAAACAGUGAAGAUAUAGACGAUGAUGAUGACGAACUCACGUCAUCCGAAGCAUUCAAUGAUAUUGUUGCAUACUGUGAACGAUUCAAUCAAACGAAUGGUAUGGCAACAUCAAGUUCUGCGCCUGUUUUACAUAAAUUCGAAGCUGCUUUACUUGCUAAUCUUUGUCCACAACUAGCAGCGGAGGCGAAAACACUAAUUCCAUCUUUAGACAGCAAACUCGAUGAUGAUGAAUGUCAAAAAAUAGUUGAUGAAAUUCAAAACUAUCGAAGUUUUCAAUAUUGA